AAGGUGCAGUCCUGUUCAAGUGUCGGUGCUUUUUGGGUUUGUUUACAUUGACAACCUUGAUCAAGACAUACUGACAGUUGGCAUAACACGAGUGCAAAUUAUCAAACAACACCGAAAGUAUUCUUGAGGAACGAUUCGAUUUGGGCGCACAAUAUGGGUCUUCAGGAAUUUCAAGCGGUGGUUUUAGCAGCCGGGAAAGGUACUAGAUUGACGGACAUACUGGAGGAUCGCCCAAAGUGUUUGCUACCGAUCGGACCGUACCCGAUGAUCUGGUACCCAUUGAACCUGUUGCAACGGCAUGGUUUCAGCGAGGUUCUAGUAAUAGUGCAGGAGACAGAGAAGUCCGAAGUGCAAAAGCGUUUAGACCGGCUGCAGUUGAAGCUGAAGCUUGAUUAUUUCACAGUCCCAGUGGAUUCGGAAUGCGGUACGGCCGAUUCCUUGCGGCUCGUGUCAGACAAGAUUAAAACGGAUCUGGUUGUAUUGUCUUGCGAUUCGAUAAUAGAACUGAAGCUGUUUCCACUGCUGUACAGUUUCCGCGAACAAGAUGCUUCGCUGCAGAUGUUCCUUAUGGAAGGAGGUAAAGACCAGGACGUGGUCGUCCCGGGACCGAAAACUAAGUACAAAGCAGAAAAGGAUCUGAUUGGUUACGAUCGCGCCACAAGCAAGCUUCUGUUCAUGGCUUCGGCUAGUGAUUUUGAGGAGACGGUAAAACUGUCUGGCCAUUUAUUGCGGACCAAUCCGGAGUUAACCAUCUCGUCCAACUUGCUCGACGCUCACGUGUACAUUAUGAAAAAGUGGGUGCUAGAAUAUCUUGCCGUAAGCGACGCCAUAUCCUCGGUCAAAGGAGAAAUGUUGCCCCAUAUAAUCAAGAAACAGAUGCUGCAGCCACAAACGAUUCCGGAAAAUGAUGGAGUCUCGGAAAUGAAUUUAAAUCUGAAAAUUGACAACAUUUUUCGGUUCGCAUUGAUGACCGAAAUGGAUGAAAAGAUCGAUAAAGCGAGCAUCUAUAAUAAGGAAAAGAAACCGGUGAUCCAUCCAAUCCGUUGUUAUGUUCAUUUGGCCGAUGCCGGUGCAUAUGGAUUGCGAAUUAAUAAUGUUCGAUCGUUUCUGUCCUGUAACAUGAAGAUUUUCGAUCAUUUUCCGGCGCUUACGGGUUUAACGGAACACGAGCUGAAGUCCUCUACUGCCAAGAUUAAUUCUACGCAGAUCAACAAGUGUGCAGUAGGUGAUUUGACGGUGAUUAGCGAGAAAACAUCACUGAAUAAUAACGUCAUCGCAAACGGCUGCACGGUGCAACCGAAAACACGCAUCAGCAACAGUGUCCUCAUGGACGGUGUUACCAUAGAAGAGAAUGUUGUGAUUGAUAAUUGCAUCAUCGGCGAAAAAGCGCUCGUUAAAAGUGGAUCCGUACUAAAGAAUUGUCUCGUCGGGCCACAGUUCGUAGUAGCCGCCAACUCCAAACAGGAAAAUGUUUAUUUGUCCAAUGCUGAUGGUUUCAUGACGAUCGAUUAAACCCGUUUAGGUCUCUCCAAAAAUAAAAGAAUACAGCUUUUACUAUCUUGGAACCGCAUGCACAAGAAAGAAAAGGGCACUUAUUAAACGGGAUAUUCCAGUUUAACUGGAAACGCUGUAUGACAUGUAAAUAUAUUUGCAAAGCAUUGCCACAAUGCAUGAGAAGAAGAAGUAUGGAAAUAUUGAGAAGAAAUAUUUCGAAGACUUUUGGUCGGCUUUGAGGGACAAGGGCUGUCCAUUGACGACUGCUGUCAGUUUGCUGCAAUUUUGCCACUCCUGUUCCCUUUGGAUAACUGUUCCAAACAUGCUGAA